AUGAGAAUCAAAUUAAUGAUUUUUGUUCUUUGGGAAUUUCUUAAAGUCCAUGAUACCAAUGGACAGAUGAGAUGUAAACAACAAAUGAUUCUAGAAUGGAAUCCUGACCCCAAAACAGUAACACUAAAAUGGAUAUUAACAGAAAAUAUCUGCACAUAUUUCUACAGAGAUUGUUGGUGGAUAGAGACCAGUUCUAAAGAGAGUACUUUGGGAAGUGAGGAUUUCAGGGUCCCACAGAUUUGUCCCUUGCAACUUCAACUGGGUGAUUCCCUCUUCAUUUCUUCUGAACCAUCCUUUCAAUCGCAUGGAAUAAAUCUAAUGAAUGUUUCCAAAGAAGACUUCAGUAACUGUUCUCCAAAUAGUAAUUCUCACAAUCAAAUCCUUUUUGGUUGCAGCCUCAGGGGAACACACCAAGUUAACGCCCAGUGGCUUGGGGUUGGAACACAUUAUUUUGUCACUGUUCAGUCCAGUGGCCCCCCACUAUGCAAUUUUGGCCUUCGACUGAAUGUAACUGUGAAAGCGCAGUCUUGCCAGGAGUCUCCAAAUGGACUGUUUUGCUCAGGACAUGGCAGAUGCCUAAGUUGGCUUUGGGAUGAGGAUUAUGCUUGCCAUUGUCUAUCACCCUACUCUGGGAAAUUCUGCCAGGAAUUUGAUCCAUGCUUUCAUAAACCAUGUCAUAAUCAUGGUGUCUGCAUGAAGAAAAGAGAAGAAUUUAACAAGGAUUCAUAUGAAUGUAGUUGUCUUCCUCAAUUUGCAGGCAAAGAUUGUUCAGAAAUAAUUGGACAGUGUCAACCACACAUCUGUUUCUAUGGAAACUGCAGUAAUGUUACACCAAAUACCUUCAUUUGUGAAUGCAAUGAACAUUUUGCAGGUCCUUUUUGUGAGGAAUCUGCAGAGCCUUGUAUUUCUCAGCCAUGCUGGAAUGGAGGAACAUGCCAGAACAACCAUUCAGAAUAUGUUUGUGAGUGCCCUGCUGGAUUUCUUGGUUCAAACUGUGAAAUCGAUAUUAAUGAAUGUUCUUCCACACCAUGUCAGAAUGGAGCUGAAUGCCUUGAUAUGUCAAAUGAUGUCAUCUGUGUCUGCUCUGCAGCAUUCACAGGCAAGUUUUGUGACAAACUUCUGAUGCAGUGUGAUUCAUCACCCUGCAAAAAUCAUGCAACUUGUGAAGAACAACAGAGAGAUUAUUACUGCAGUUGCAUGCCAGGAUUUACUGGAAAAAACUGUGAGGAAACAAUUGACUACUGCCGGCUGCUCAGUAUCAACUGUCUGAAUGAAGGAUUGUGUUUCAAUAUAAUUGGAGGAUUCCAACAGUCUGUGCUGCUCGGGAAAUCGGAGGUGGUGGAGAAAAUGAGCAUCGGAAAAACAGACCCAGCAAGGGAUGCUGUUCUGCUCCUGCUCGGAAACCGGAGGUGGGGGAGAAAAAGAGCAUCGGAAAAAUACACCCAGACAAAGUGUCUCUGUGCUCCAGGCUGGACGGGGGAUUUCUGUCAGACUGCAGAAAAUUCCUGUUUAAUUUAUCCAGACAAAUGCAUCAAUGGUGGAACUUGCGUUGAUGUCAGUAAAUUCAAACAAAGUCUGCCAUUUGAAUGUGUGUGCCCAUUGGAUUUCACAGAACACCUCGGUAUCUCUUAUUGGACUAUGGGGCAAUGUGUCAGCCAGAAUGCCAGCAGUCCCUCCCCUAGUUGCCUGAAAGGCUAUAGAAUUGUGAAAGGCCAAUGUAUUGAGUACUCUCUGGAUGCUAAGAAUUACCAGUCUUCCAAAUUUGGAUUUUAUGGGUUCCAAUGUGGACCAGAACAGCCCAUCCUGGAUCAGUCCUUAUCCAUGGCAAAGUCAAGAAUGCAGUCUAUGCUUCCUUUCAAAUUUAAAGUUGUGGCUGGGUUUGAGGGUGAACAGUGUGAGCUGGACAUUGAUGCCUGCUUAUUUUCUGGUGGUAAAUGUACCUCUGGAGCCUUGUGUGUGGACAAACCUAGUGGGUUGGAUUACGCUUGUUGGUUACCAUGUACAGACAGCAUAGAGCCAUGUGCAAAUGGAGGCAGCUGCUUUUGGGAUGAAGAGCACCAAAGCAACAAAUGCAUUUGUGCUCCUGGAUGGACUGGACAAUCGUGCUUGGAAAAUGUGAAUGACUGUGAAGAAAGUGAAUGCCAACAUGGUGCUACUUGUGAAGAUGGAAUCAAUGGAUACAGGUAUUAUGCUAUUGUUCAUUCAGUUGCUCCUACUGACAAACACGUUAAUGUGUUCCAAUUACGAAAGGUCUAG